AUGACGACGACAAUUACGAAUGUGAACUCAUCUAAGAGUUAUACCAACGAAACUGUGAGUUACUUGAGCAAGAUGAGAGAGGGUUCUAUGUCUCCAAGACCACCCCCUCAGAGGCAGGGAGGUGGAACUGGGAAGUCCCCGGUGUCUUCAGUGAGACACGCCCGGCACUCGUACCCCUGCGAGUCCCCCUCUCUGAACCGUACCGGGUCGUCCCUGAGUAGUGCUAGUCAGUUAUGGAUCUCUGGGAGAACCUUUGAAGAUGAGAGAGGGGAGGGGGAGACAGAUGAUGGGGUAGAUCUUAGGGAGGAUGAGAGUUUUGGAGAGGUACAGAGUGUGUCCUCGUUUGAUCGAAAUAAUGAGAUGGAAGAAGAACUGUCGAGUCUCUGCCAAGACGAAAAUCUAGAGGAGUUUAUCUCAGGUGAUUCUAAGGAACUCGUUUGGGACAAGAGUCCGGAGAAAGCCCAGGAACAACUAACAACGGAGGCACGGCAAGUUUCACCAACUAAACAAUCAUACUUGGCGCCCAAGGAGCGAUUUUGCCGUGCAGUCCGACAGGUGAAGAAGCUAUGUGCGGUGCAAAUUGGUCUUAACAAGCUGGCUACAGAGGCAGGUAAAGGGACAUUUGGAGCAACUUUGCCAGAUCUCGUGGCUUCUCUGUCUAGGACGCCGAGUGUUGUCUACAUGCCAUCAACUAAAGAAAAACUAACGUUUGAUGCUGGUGAUUUCAAAAGCAAAUACGAGUUCACAUGGCCGCGAAGUGCCAAGUUAGCCAUUGACAAGAGGCCUGAGGACCGUACUGACUCUGACAUCCUACUGAUAGGCGGACUGAUGAGGGGGCUUCAAAGCUUCAGGAAAUACACAAGGGCACACCAACGGCUCAUCUGCAGAGUUGUUAGAUUCCAAAAGUACGGUAGACGGCGAGUUGUCAUACGCAAGGGUCACUUGGGAUACGCCUUCUAUUUCAUCUUUGCCGGAGCUGUUUGCGUCACUCUAGACGAAGAUGAGGAAAGUGCCUUCGUCAAGAAGGAAGUGACCAUUCUUAAGAAAGGGGCAUGCUUUGGGGAAGUUGCACUGUUGAAGGACACAAGGAGGAACGCUACCAUAGUUUGUCUUCAAGACACAGAGUUUCUGGUGGUGGAUAGGGACGAUUUCUUCCAGCAGGGUCUUCACCAACACAUACAUAAAGAGUCGGAGUACAAGCACAACUUCCUCAGGAGACAUCCGCUAUUCUCCAGCUGGCCUGAUAAUAAACUUGAAGAGAUCAGCGAUAUAGCCCGCAUUGAAGAACACAAUCACGGCUCAGUCAUCGUCAAAGACUCCAGAGAAACACAUUGGCUUCUUUUUGUUACCAAGGGUUGCUGCGAUGUCUUAAAGCUCGUAGAUAUUGCCAAGGUCUACGCAGCAAGACAUGAGGAGGAGCUGAAUAAGAAGAAACAUCCUCUAAGUGGGGGUGGGGGCGGGGGUCUAUCAUCCAUGCUGAGUGGUGACUAUCCACUUAGUCUACUACCAGAGGGUCAACGAAGCCCGUUCCCCUGGUUGACGCCACACAAAUUGCCUGUCAACUCAAGACCUAAAACAACUGGUCAGAUAAACGGCAAGUCCAGAGACAAGAUGGAAACGAUAGAGUCUGAACCCAAUCGUCAUCAAAGGAGUAAGAGUGCUAAUGUUACAUCUCAAGCACCAGACUACAUUGAGGGGGAUAUAACAACAGUUGACUCAAGAUCCACCAUGACAAGUAGUCUGUCCAUGCAUAAACGAAGGUUUUCUGAUCCAGCUACUCCACUGAAGUUGCCGAGUCACGUCAGUUUUGGUAUUUCCACAAUGAAAGGGGAUGAUGUAGAUGCUGGUGUAUACAUCAAAGUGGAUUCACUCAGGCCUGGUCAGUGCUUUGGCAUCGAGGGAACUAUGGGUAAAAUGCCUCAAUAUUCAUUACUAAGCCUCGGCUGUGAAAUCGUCCGAGUCUCAAUCACUAAAUUCCGUGAGUUUGCCUGCGAGACAACACUUGAGAAAGCAGUGGAACUCAUUCCAAAGUACCCCAGUGAUGACGACCUCUGGGCGAGCUUCUUGAAACAGAGUCGCUGGACUAACUUUAAGAAUGGCAUUGUUAGGACAGUGAUGGAAGACGCACAGGCACAGAGUGUACCCAGCAUGUUUGGCAAGGACCACCGCUCCUCGUCAGCGAAGAGCCAUGAGGUUCAUCAUAACCAACGGCGUAGAGUUAGUUUGGGUAGCAGCUUUGCCAGUAAUGUCAUGCCACGGAUUUCAAAUGCAACAAGUGCUUGGAUGGAUGAUGGGAGUUCAAGGAGUAAAAGUAGAGAUGGUGUAAACUCACGAUCAAGUUACGCAGUCAGCCGCCCUCAGUCUAGCCAACAACAGAGUCGACCCCCAACCUCAAAACGACACAAUGCUCGUAGUGAACGCCUGACCGCACUAGUUGCAGACAACUGCACAUCACGAGCGACUACCCCCAACUCUCUACAUGUCCAAAAGAUUCCACGCUCAAAGCUGUCACCAUCGCCAACAAGAUUGUCCUAUAGAGUACCUGAGAUGGACAGACCAAUGAAACCUACCUACACCGGGAGUAUUAGCUGGCGUGCACUUGCCAAGUCAUAACCAGUGGAUACAAGACACUAGGUUGAAUGGACUGCGAAGAAAUAAAUUAGUAAUAAACCAGCCGUCGGUUUCACAAAGAGUUAGGACUCAUCUUAUCUCGAGUUAGGACGAGUAACUCGUCUUA